AUGCAAAUCGAAAAUAACGAAAGUGCACAACAGUCCGUUGAUCAGCCGGUAUCAGUACUGAAAGCAACAGGAAGUUGGCCCUUUGGUUUUGUCUGGUGUAACGUUUACGUGACCUGCGACGUUUUGGCCUGCUCAUCUUCAAUAAUGCACAUGUGUUUCAUCAGCCUAGGGCGAUACCUUGGUAUCAGAAACCCUCUCAAAACGAGACAUAGUACCACAACAAAGACCGUUGUAUUUAAAAUAGCGUUAGUGUGGUUGCUGUCCAUGUUAGUCUCUAGUUCAAUUACAGUAUUAGGUAUAAUAAAUCACGAAAAUAUUAUGCCCGAACCAGGUACUUGCGUUAUAAAUAACAGAGCCUUCUUUGUGUUUGGUUCUCUAAUAGCUUUUUACGUACCAAUGGUCAUCAUGGUAGUAACGUACGCUUUAACAGUCCAGUUACUGAGGAAGAAAGCGCGAUUUGCUGCUGAACAUCCUGAAAACGAUCAAUUUAGGAGGCUCGGUGGAAGGUUUGCUCAAAAACAUGAACGAACGCCGACGAUCUCGGGAACUUUGUGGAGGACGGCAGGUAGCGGUGAAAGAUCUACAAGUAACCUACGGCUAAAUUCCUCGCAUUCUCAACUUCCGUACGUCAAUGGAGGAAAUGGAACAGGACCAGUAUCAACUGAUCGCAGAGACCAAAGUACUCAAACACCUGAAAAUAUUAGUAAGGAAACAAGAAACUGCAAAUUGAGAUCACUUAAAUUGCAGCUGAAUCAUACUACAUCUAAUUUAACUAACUUUCGUAUGUUAAAUGAGUUUCAGUGUGAAAAUAAACUAAUUGCACAGACUUACGAUGGUGCAGCUGUAAUGAGUGAGCCACACAACAGGCUACAAAAACUGGUUAAAAAUAAGUAUCAAGAUGCAAUUUUUGUUCAUUGA